AAUGCAGAUGGUAGAAUUUUUAAGUGGAUACCAAGGGUUGAACAAAAACGCUAUAAACAUAAACAAAAUGACGGCCGUAGAUAUUAACAGAAAUCAAACUUUGAGCAAAAAAUCUGAAAGUCAAAAUGUUGAGCAAUUCCUAAAGCAUGCCAAGGCAAGACGAGCCAAGACAGUACUGAAGCAUCAAGCGGAUGGUACUUGGUUAGAGGAGCAACGAGCCUCGUUGAUGGUGGUAGCAUCUUUGAUAGCAACAAUGGCUUUCCAAGUCGGGAUUAAUCCUCCUGGGGGCGUUUGGCAGGGAGAUAAGAUGUUUUGGAGUGACAAUAGUUUUGGGACGAAUCACACCCUCUUUGCUGGUGCCGCGGUAUGGACAUAUAAUGAUUCUUAUGAUUGGUUACUAUUUAGCAACACAGCAGGACUAAUAUCAUCACUAACUGUCAUUCUUCUCCUUAUUAGCGGCCUUCCAUUUAAGCGACAUUUUUUGUUGAUUUUGCGGAUAACCUUGUGGAUUGCUGUCACUGCGACGUCUUUUACUUACUACUUCGCCACCCGCCUCCUUGAUGGACCUCAAUCGGGAGGAAGAGGUUGGAUUUCAUAUACAUUCUCUCUUAUUGCUUGGGUUGGGGUGAUGGUUUUCUUUCUCUUUGGACAUUUUGUGCGAUUCAUACUCAAGUUGAUUGGUUGGCAAAAGAGACAAUCACUUAAAGAUUUCUGCAAGAGGUGUUUUCCUUGGUCAACUAACACUUUUGAUAACUCUAAUUCGACCAACCAUGUUUAAUGGUCAUUAAUUCUCUAAUACUUGUACUUGUAGACUAUAGUAGUUUUAUUUUAUUUUAUUUAUUUAUUUUUUAAGGUAAGAUAAAAAAACAUUCGAAGCCCUCCUCACGAGGGGUACUCAUAAUGUGGACUGUAGUAGUUUAUGUUUUAUAUACCCCAUAUAUAUAUGCUAUUAAUUACGUACUUGUACAUUGCUAAACUUACCCAUAUAUUCAUUAAU